GGCUAAAGGGGCUAAGCUAGGCUAACUAAACGAGUGUGGACGGUACGAAUAUUUCACUUCUUUGCUCGUCUUUGUUCACAACAAUUCACCUUUGGUUACGAAAUGUUGCAAGUAGACGCCCUCAUUUAUCAGUAACAUGUAGCAGAAAUAACAACAAGUCUUCAAAGGAAAACGUGGAGAUUGUUCUCCAGGGCUCUUAGAGAUUUCCUUCAAAAAUGACGUACAGGAGGGACAGAAGUAUUCGGGAAGUGUACGAUGAGCGCUAUUUACCAGAAAGACCAGGCCCCUACCCCCGAGGAGGAGGUGGGGUAGAGAGGAGGGGUCCUUUUGGCAGGCCGGAGGACGACUAUGGAGGUCGCGGCGGGUACGACUACGAAGGAGGGUCUCGUUUUUACCCAAAUGGAGGGGGCCCCAGGGGUUUUCAUGAAGACCAGAGAGGCUACCAGGGGGAUGGCCCCCAUUUCCCAGCAGAACGCAGAGGCGUUCCCCCAUCGAGGAGGGAGGAGUAUCCUUACAGAGGACCGAGGGAGGACCCCCACCCGGGACGGCCCAUGGAGUUUAGCGCCCGUGCUCCACCACCUCAUAGCGUUCGAAACCAGGGCAUCUAUCCCGCCCCCCGGUCGCUCCCUGAAAGCGGGGAGGACACGUUGGUGCAGGCCAUCCGCAACCUAGACAGGGGGGAGGACAGAGACCCCUACAGGAGAAAGGCGGCACUGUUUCCUCCCAUCAGAGAGCGCUCCCCUGUUCGCCGGGAGGCUGCCCGCUCCCCCCACAGUCGCUCCGGCUCCAGCGUGAGCAGCAGAGGAUACUCGCCAGACAGAGCCAAGAGUCUUCCUUUCCCCUCACAGCAAAGCAAGAGCGUGGACGGUCCAGAAGGUCAUGCCAGUGUUUCUGAACACCUCUGGGGGGCGAUGUUUCCUCAGCAGAGUGGACAUGACACUUUGGACAAAAUUCCCGGCCUGUCACGAGAAGGAUCCCCAAACAGCACGACGUUAACCAAGGAGGACAGCCAUCCGCCAGACGUGGAAAAAGAGGAGCCCGCCGUGGCGUCGGUUGUCAAGGAGAACAAGUCGACAGAUAACUUCCAGGAGAGGCGGGCCUCGGCCAUCUCAGCCAAAGCUCUGGAGAUAGAGAAGGUGUACCGCAGGGACUGCGAGACCUUCGGGAUGGUGGUGAAAAUGCUGGUGGCCAAAGACCCCAACUUGGAGAACCGUCUGCAGGUGCCCCUCCGGGAGAACCUCGGGGAGAUCCGCGAGCGCUGCUUGGAGGACCUCAAACACUUCAUCAACAAGCUGGACCAGGCGGCGCCGCAUUCAGAGCCUCCCACCUGCGACUCCACAGCUCCCUCCACGUCAGCGGCGCCCAGCAAACACUCAAAGACAGGGGUCAAUCACAGCUCGUCCUACUGAGGCGUCAAACUUUCAGGAUGCUGGACGAAACCAUCUCCAUAGCAACCCCACCAACAAAAUAGGACAGAAAAGAACAGUAUUAUUUUUGAACACUUUUUCUUUUUUUCUACGGUUGUGUCUUUUAUGUUAGAAAUGAAUUCAAAUGGUUUUGAUUUUUCUGUUGAAUUUUGGUAGGAAAUGUAUUUAAGAAUGCUUUGACAUCACCGUGGAAACGGUUCCCGAGUGUGCUCACUAUUUAAACGUGAUUUUUUUUUUUGAGAAAAAAAAACAAUUCUCAAGCAUGAUAACACUUUUUGUACAUUUUCUUUUUCAAUAUUGUCAUACUUUGUAGCAGUCAAAUGUGUUUUGUGCUGCUAAAUUUUGCAACGCUUGUAUGUUGGCAAAACGAAACUUGUAUAAAUUUAUACUAUACAUAAAAGAAAGUGGAGUUAAUUU